AUGAAGCCCAAAUAUAAUAAAACACUCCGAAGAAGUAUAAAAUGUUAUUAUUGUAAUGAGAAGGGACAUAAGUGGGUAACCUGUCAUUAUAUUAAUUGUAACAGUGGUAGUAAUUGUAUUAUUGAAGGUGAAUGGAAUUUAGCGGGUAAUUACUGCACUACGUGUGGAAAGCGCAAGAACUUUUUGUUCAAAAUUGCUUUUGUUUCAAAAAUUUAA